GGGACUUAUAUUAAAAUCUAAAUUGUGUCCAGUUCACAAAAGUUACAUGUCGGUGAGUGAUGCCGGCAACGAAACAGUGGGCUCAUUUAGGUGCAGCAAAGGCAGUUGCCGGAAAAAGGCUAAUCUUUCAUAUAAUAUAUGGAUUUGCCCACCAUUGGUCGCAAGCAGCCGUAAGGCUUGAAAACCCCUAUAAAGGAACCACAUUGUCAAGUGUGACUAUAACAGAUUGGUAUAACUACUGUAGGGAGGCGGUAGUUUUAUAUGAAAUUGAUUUGCAGCAUUUUGUUGGUAAAAUUGGUGGUCCGGGGAAUGUCGUCCAAAUCGACGAAUCGAAAUUUGGAAAAAGAAAAUUUAAUAAAGGGAGGAGGAAGGAGGGUUGACGGUCAUUGGGUCCUUGGCAUGGUGGAAGAUGGUAGUGAGGACAUACGUCUUGAAGUGUGUCCGGAUAACGCUCGGUCUGCAGAGGUGCUCAUCCCUCUAAUCCGCAAGCAUGUUGUAGAGGGAACAACAAUCCAUACAGAUUGUUGGAAAGCCUACGACUGCUUGAAGGAUUACGGGUAUGUGCACCGGAAAGUUAACCACAGCGAUCCGGAGAAUCCGUUUGUAGCGCCGGAUGGGACACACACUCAAAGAAUUGAGUCGCAGUGGCGUGUAAUUAAAAGAAUUUCUCCGAUACUCUACCAGAGGUUCGUAGACUAUCUGAGAAAGAAAGUCGAAAGGUAGCACGACUUGUAAAUGACCUCGGGUCAAGCAAAAGAAAAAUCAUGAUCGAAAUCUAUGAAAACUCAAAGACACAAAGACAAACACAAGGAAAGAUAUCGAUAAUAUUAGCGCUAAAUAUAGGGACUCCGCUAAAGACACUUUGGAAGAGUGUUUAAAAUUCUUAAAAAGCGAAGGUAUUUUAAAUAAAAUACAUAUAUACACAUUAGGUUCUGUCUAAUUGAUUUUUACCUUUUCUUACUAUACAUAUAAUAAUUUUUACACAGGUGCUGAUACAUCAAUUCAUUGCUUUGAUAGAGAAUUAAAGGCAAUAUAUUUUUCAACAGCAGAGAUGAGGGCUGCAGUUCAAGCGUAUCCCGAAAUCAUAUUUAUAGAUGGGACCUAUAAGUUAAUGUCAAAUGGGUUUGUUUUAAUUCUGUUGUUAGUAGAAGAUUCCAACGGGGGAACACAAAUACGGACUUGUGCAGUGGUAGGCGAAAAAACUGCAAUUAACAGUAACUUAACAUCUUAUAAGUUCGCACAAUAACAACGCUAAAAUUACUUUUUCUUUCAGUGUACUCUCUAAGGUGGUGAGAAUGCCCUCCAAAGUAGAGAUUUUUUUCGUGGACGCCGGAUGUCGACGUAAUUCGUGGAGAAAUACAAAUACUAAAUCGUCGCCUUCGAAUUAUUUGUUCUAAAAAAAGAUAAAAUAAAAACAACAGU